GUUAACCGGUUACACCAACGCCGCUUUCGAAGAUCCACUUCGGAGCAAUAACAAUAAUCCUGAUCAGACCACUGACCCCGGGAACAGGCUCAGCAGCAUCCAUAUUUCCAGCAAGGACGACAAAGCUAUGAACAAUGAUGUUACAGGUUAAAAAUGAACGAGCGGCAUGAGUAACAGCCAUAUUACAAUUCCGACCGACGAGCCUGGCCGACUGAUUCCGAGAGUCGACGAAUCGACGAAUGGUCUUAGCUCCUAUUGGCUAAGUGUUGACGAAAAGAAUAAGAAUAAGAAUCAGAAUCAGAAGAAAAAUCUACAAUUUCUGACUGAUUCAUGACAUGAUAUUAGGAUAUCUCAGUUGUACAUAGACCGAUUUUAUUGAUUUUGGUUUUAUUAGAAAGCUUAUAUGCGAUUUACAUUAGAAAAAUGCCUUUAGAUUUAGAAAAUACAGCAGGCGUGACGAGAUAUUAAUGACAGAAGUUUCGGGUUAGGUUGGAAUCGCAGUUUUACGAGUAAAAGAUACGUGGUAGCGCCAGCGCCAGUAUACACGGUGGCGUAUAAUUUUUCAUGUACUUAGCGUCGAGACGCUACCGCGUCUCUAGAAACCGGUGAAGUUGGAGGAAAUCAACACGGAACUUCCGGUGGAGGAAGCGAGACAGAUCGUGAGUACUUUGAAUAAUUAUAAAGAUCUAAUCGCACGCAGUAUUGACCAGAUAGGCUGUACGGACAAGGCGGAGAUGAAAAUAACACUCAUGGACCCGACACCCAUUGUCUACCAACCGUACCGAGUGUUGCAAUCUGAACAACGGCAAAUAAGCGAAAUAAUAGAAGGAUUGAAGGAAGCGGAUAUCAUCGAAGAUAGCGAGUCCAGUUUUGUUGGUCAAGAAAAAAACAGGCGACUAACACAGAGUCCGGAACAAAAUUUGUUAUGCUCCUUUGGGAAGAGAUGGCUAUACCAACGAAUCAAAAGGUCUUGCAGAAAAAAGCUACUUUACAAAAGGUUACCUAUUGUGGCGUGGUUACGAAUGUAUCGCCGGGACUACAUAGCAAGUGAUCUGGUCGCUGGCAUUACCGUAGGUCUUACCAUUAUACCGCAAGCAAUAGCAUAUGCGAAUGUUGCAGGACUUCCUUUACAGAAAAUGAAAGAUUUAAGGAUAAUGCAGAAAGCUACAAAAGUGCCGUCGAAAGGUCAAGUGAUUGUGCAAAAAUCCCUCUGGCUGCUUUCUACGUCUAGGAACAUCCUCGUGGUCCUUGUUUGCGCGGUUAUGAGCUGGCUUUUAGAAAGUCAUUUAGGUUCGUCGCCGGUCAAACUGACGGGCCAUGUAAAACAAGGACUUCCGGAAUUUCAACCGCCACCGUUUCAAACCUAUCACAAAAAUGAAACUUACCACUUCGUCGACAUGGUCUCUGCUCUGGGUUCCGGAUGUCUAGUCAUUCCUCUGUUGAGCCUCUUAGAAACCAUUUCUAUCGCCAAAGUUUUCAAUGAAGGUAAACCAAUCGACGCAACUCAGGAAAUGCUAGCGUUGGGUGCGUGCAACGUCCUAUCGGCUUUCGUUUCGUCCAUGCCUGUCAGUGGCGGCCUUAGCCGUGGAGCGGUGAACCAUUCGUCCGGAGUGAAGACUACACUCGGCGGGAUCUACACUGGUCUUCUAGUACUCAUUUCACUUCAGUUCCUUACACCGUAUCUGUAUUUUAUUCCUAAUGCCGCUCUCGCAGCGAUCAUCAUCGCCGCAGUCAUCUUCAUGGUGGAGCUACACGUCAUCAAGCCCAUAUGGCGAACUAAAAAAAUUGAUCUCAUACCAGCAGUAGCCACAUUUUUAUGCUGUCUUUUCAUAAGACUCGAACUCGGUAUAGUGAUUGGUAUCGGUAUAAACGUCCUGUUCCUACUUUAUGCUUCGGCAAGGCCGUCGUUACGAGUUCACAAAGAUACGAGUAUAAACGGGUGUGAGUAUCUCGUCAUAACGCCUGACAGAAGUCUUGUUUUUCCGAGUGUUGAGUACGUGCGAGCUGUAAUUAGUAAGCAGGGUACGAGGCAAGGAAUCGCAGUACCUGUCGUCAUAGAUUCUACGCAUAUUCAAGCAGCAGAUUUUACGGCCGCAAAAGGUGUGAAGAAUUUAACGGAGGAUUUCUCUAAACGUGGACAGCCCUUAAUCUUUCAUAAUCUAAAGCCGAGCGUCAUCGAAAUUUUCAAGGGCGUGAAACCUUCCGGUUUAAGGUGUAGUUCGAACGAACUCGAACUUGACGACUGCCUCAAAGAAUUUUCCAACAUUCUAACAACUACUACGAACAGGUAUUGACAAUACUUAUAUUAGAUAUUCAUGGAAAUUCCGUCCUGCAACUACUCUCUUUUACCUUAUAAGCAUCGGUAUUAUAUCAUGACGAACGAUAAUAUAGACAGUAAUACUAUAAGCAGAGUACCUAACGUCUCUAGUAAUUAUUUAAAAAUAUUAUAUAUAGUACAGUAAAUAUCAAAUACAUACGAAAAAUGUAAUUUGAAGAAAAUUCGUAAUACACCGAUGUUGUAUUGAAGAAAAUUAUUCAAAUAUGAUUAUACUUGAAACAAAAUUAAUUGAACUCAAUCACAGGCCGCACUUCUAGUUUUACGUCAUACAUAUCUGCAUCUAUAUUUGCGACUUAAAUGAAAAAAGUGUAAAUCAUUUUGUAAAACACCAUUUUAUUUUAAUGGCAGAACUUUUGAAUUAAUUUUUAUUGUGUACGUAGCUAGUAAAGUGAAGAUAGGCACUCAGUGGUUUCAUGCGUUCAGUUGAUUUAGUUUUAGUUACAGUAUAAUAAUUGUACAUAAUAUGCAUAAGUAUUAAUGUAAGUAUACAUAUAGUAUACAGGGUGUUUCUUAAUAUGUGAGCAUUUUUUGGAGGAUUAAGGACCUGACACCAGUACGAAUCGAAAAGUCUUUUACCAAUUUGCGAAUUGCAGCUUCGUUAUCAAGAUAUAAGUAGUAGAAAUUUGCAGGUGUGACUUCCGGCAAGCGAUGUGAAGCCCGAUCAGCUGUUCGUGCAGCCACGCAUGUAUAUCCAUUGACAAAGGAAAAAUACACACCGAUGAACACUCACUGCUUGAAAAUGACCUGUGAGUCUCUAGACCAGGUAGUACGAGGUCAGUGGCCUGUUUGCGGGCUCUUAGAUCAUUUUCCAACAGUGAAUGUGCAUCAGUGACUGUUUCACCUGUGUAUGUAAAUACAUGUUGCGGACGCGCCGGAAGCAAACUGCUUAUAUCUCGACAACGAAGCCGUAGUUCGCAAAUUGGUAAACGACUUUUCGAUUUACAUUUAUGUAAAGAUAUGAUUCUCAAAAAGGUCCCAUAUAUAUGGAAACACCCUGUAUAUACAUAUUGUAUAAGUAUGCUAUUGGUAUGUAGGAUAUUACGUUUAUCUUGACCACCUUAAUAUCUACAUUACCAACGAUGGUAUGAAAAACUUUAGCAGAAAGAAGUUCUAUGUUUUGAAGAAAUAUAUAACUAUUUCUUUUCUUGAGAUUAUUUCUAUAUGUGUUUUCAAAAUCAUUAACUAGUAAUAAGAUGUUAUCAUAUUAAUGUUGCAAAUCAAGAAUGAAAUCGACCUUCAAACGACCAAAAGUAAGAAAAUAAACAAAGUUGGAAAUUUUGUAUCUUUUUCAUUAGCUUCGACAAGUUUUCAAAUUCAAUAAACUAAAGAUUUUCUGAUAUUUUUCUAUCACUAUAGAAUGACAGUAAGAAAUCCAUGUAAAAUUCGUAUUUGUAUGUCCUCUGGUCUUGCAAAGGUAAAAUUAAGCAAAAAUCAAAAAUGUACAAGGUUGCUAUUUUCCUCUGUAUAUAAUAAUUUCCUAACCUUCAGGUCAUUUAAAGAUCAACAUAUUUUUUACAAUUUGUCUUUUUAUUACCUAUAUUAAUAAAAGCACAAUAUGAAUAUCAGUACUAUAAAAAAGCGAUAUCAAUAAUGUUAAAAACACAAAUGGGUAUUUUUUAUAAGAAUUUAGUUAAUUGUAACAUUAAUUUUUCCAAAAUAAAUGAUUUCAACUUGCAACACUUUUUUUAUUAUUAAAACUAAGAAUGAUAUUAAGAUGGUCAAGUUAAAUGAAACAACUCGUAUAUGUAUGUAUGCCUAUAGUAUUUUACAUAUUUUUUAUACAUGUACAUUAUCAUACAUGUAUAUUUAGUUACAUUUGUAGUUUUAGUUACACGUAUAGUAGUUACAUUUUAGUAUUUUUGGCAUAUGUUUUACGAGUGUAUGUUUAUUCAAAAGAUGUUAACAAACGUUACAAAAUAUUGUCAGUAUUUAGAGUAAGUGAUAUGUUAUACCAAAUUAAAGAUUUGAGUAUAAUUGUACUAGUGUACAUAUGUUUUGAAAGUAUGCUGUUUUCUUUUUGAAAUUAAAAACUAUUUAAUGCAAAUACGAAAAAAAAA